GGAAGAACCUUAAGCUGAAGGUACAGCCUACUGUUUACACUGAAGGAGCUUGUGUGUGGACAAGAAGCGCUGACAGCUGAAAUGGAUCCCAUGGAACUGAGAAAUGUCAACAUCGAACCUGAUGAUGAGAGCAUCAGUGGAGAAAGUGUUCAAGAUGGCUACACUGGGAUGGGAAAUUUAGAAAAGGCAGCAAUGAGCAGUCAAUUUACUAACGAAGAUGCUGAAAGUCAGAAAUUCCUGACAAAUGGAUUUUUGGGGGAAAAGAAGCUGGCAGAUUACGAUGAUGAACAUCAUCCUGGAACCACCUCCUUUGGAAUGUCUUCAUUCAACCUGAGUAAUGCUAUCAUGGGAAGUGGGAUCUUGGGCCUUUCCUACGCCAUGGCCAACACGGGGAUCAUACUUUUUAUAAUCAUGCUGCUUGCGGUAGCAAUAUUAUCCCUGUACUCAGUUCACCUUUUAUUAAAGACCGCCAAGGAAGGAGGGUCUUUAAUUUAUGAAAAACUAGGGGAAAAGGCAUUUGGAUGGCCUGGGAAAAUCGGAGCUUUUGUUUCCAUUACAAUGCAGAACAUUGGAGCAAUGUCAAGCUACCUCUUUAUCAUUAAAUAUGAGCUACCCGAAGUAAUCAGAGCAUUCAUGGGACUUGAAGAAAAUACUGGAGAAUGGUACCUCAAUGGCAACUACCUCGUCAUAUUUGUGUCUCUUGGAAUCAUUCUUCCACUUUCUCUUCUUAAAAAUUUAGGUUACCUUGGUUACACCAGUGGAUUUUCUCUUACCUGCAUGGUGUUUUUUGUCAGUGUGGUGAUUUACAAGAAAUUCCAAAUACCCUGCCCUCUGCCUGUUCUGGAUCACAAUGUUGGAAAUCUGACAUUCAACAAUACACUUCCAGUGCACAUGGUAAUAUUACCUAACAACUCUGAGAUUAAUGGCGUGAACUUCAUGAUGGAUUACACCCACCAAAAUCCUGCAGGGCUAGAUGAGAACCAGGCCAAGGGCUCUCUUCAUGGCAGUGGAGUAGAGUAUGAAGCACACAGUGAUGACAAGUGUCAACCCAAAUACUUUGUGUUCAACUCCCGGACGGCCUACGCAAUUCCCAUCCUAGCAUUUGCUUUUGUGUGCCACCCUGAGGUCCUUCCCAUAUACAGUGAACUUAAAGAUCGGUCCCGGAGGAAGAUGCAAACAGUGUCAAAUAUUUCCAUCACGGGAAUGCUCAUCAUGUACCUGCUUGCUGCCCUCUUUGGUUACCUAACCUUCUAUGGAGAAGUUGAAGACGAAUUACUUCAUGCUUAUAGCAAAGUAUAUACAUUUGACACCCCUCUCCUCAUGGUACGCCUGGCAGUCCUUGUGGCAGUGACACUAACUGUGCCCAUUGUCCUGUUCCCAAUUCGUACAUCAGUGACCACACUCUUAUUUCCCAAAAGACCCUUCAGUUGGAUAAGACAUUUCUUGAUUGCAGCCAUACUUCUUGCACUUAAUAAUGUUCUGGUCAUCCUUGUACCCACUAUAAAAUAUAUCUUUGGAUUCAUAGGGGCUUCUUCUGCCACUAUGCUGAUCUUCAUACUUCCAGCAGUGUUUUACCUUAAACUUGUCAAGAAAGAACCUCUUAGGUCACCACAAAAGGUUGGGGCUUUAAUUUUCCUUGUGGUUGGAAUCAUCUUCAUGAUUGGAAGCAUGGCACUCAUUAUAAUUGACUGGAUUUACAACCCUCCAAAUUCCAAGCAUCACUAACCCAAAGAAAAAUACCUUUUCUAUUGGAAAUGGUUGCAAAUUAUGCUGCAAAAGACAUUUGAGUUCUAUUGAUUGGAAUGUUAUUCAUAGGAAAUAACGGGAAGAUUCCAAAGAUGUUUAUAGUAACAUCACCA